UUUUAGUAUAUUCACAAGGUUGUACAGCCACCACAAGCACCUUAAUUCUACAUCACUUUCGCCAUUCCACAUAGAAACCCAUACCUAUGGUACCUGCUCCUCGUGCCCUUCCUCCCCCAGCCCCUGGCAGCCACUAAUCUGUUUUCUGUUUCUAUGGAUUUGCCUAUUCUGGACAUCUCAUGUAGGCGGAAUCAUACAGAAUGUGGUCUUUUGUAACUGGCUUCUUUCCCCUGGCAGAAGGCUCAUCCGUGUUGGAGUGUGUAUCAGUAGUACUUCAUUCCGUCUCAGGGCUGAAUGAUAUUCCAUUAUGGGGACCUACCUUUGUGGACCCCUCCCCUUUCCCCCUGCCUUUUAAUUGCCUGUGAAUCCGCUAGUCUCAGAACCAGAAAAGAAACCAAACUCUAACUUGGCCAUCUGAAAGCCUAUGUAGUUUUGCAGAGUUGAGGAUAAUGAACAACCCCUUUGGGAAGAUAUCCCUUGGGAUUCCGAUAUCCUGGCUUGUUUAGUUCUGAGUUCAUGCAUGAGAAAGUGGAUAACUUAACGUAUGAACCAUCUUUGUAAUGGUGUGGCUGUCUACUACUUAAUAGGUAAUGUAUUUUGGUGUUUUGUUUUGAUAUAUAUAAUUAGCUGUCAAUGAUACAUUCUGGAUAUAAUGAUAUAAAGUAACAAAUUUAAGUUUUCUGCUUAAUCAUAAUGGGAUACAGAAACAAAUUACUUAAGAACCUCAAGUAAAUAGACUGAGAUGAAUAGACUAUAAUUUAUUCUUACACUGGAGUAGAGAGGAGGGUGAAAGUGGACGGUACUUAGGCUAGAGACGCUGAUUAUCAUUUCUACAGGUUUAAAUCUAUCUUAUGCAGACAUUCUAACCAUGAGAUAAUUUGCCUGUUUUUGUUUUAAAACUCAAGGUGGAGGGGCGCCUGGGUGGCUCAGUUGGUUAAGCAUCUGACUCUUGGUUUCGGCUCAAGUCAUGAUCUCGCGGUUCGUGGGUUCAAGCCUCACGUCGAGCUCCUUGCUGAUAGUGCAGAGCCUGCUUGGGAUUUCUGUGUCCUCCUCCUCCUCCUCCUCCUCCUCCUCCUCCUCCUCCUCUUCCUCCUCCUCUUCCUCCUCCUCCUCCUUCUUCUUCUUUCUUUUUUAAAUUAAUUAAUUUAUUUUUAAGAGAGAGAAAGAGAGAGUGUGAGUGGGGCAGGGGCUGAGAGAGAGGGGGACAGAGGAUCUGAAGCAGGCUCUGUGCUGAUAGCAGAGAGCCCAAUGUGGGGCUUGAACCCAUGAACGUGAGAUUAUGACCUGAGCUGAAGGCAGACACUUAACCGACUGAGACACCCAGGCGCCCCUCUCUGUCCCUCUCCUGCCUGCUCUCUCUCUCUCUCUCUCUCUCUCUCUGUCUCAAGAUAAAUAUAAAAUUAAAAAAUAAUAAAAUAAAUUUAAAAAAUAGGGAAAUGAGAGAUCAAGCCCUGAAAAGAUACCGAGGAACCCCAAAUGCGUAUUACAGAAUAAAAGAAGCCAAUGUGAAAAGGCUACAUACCGUGUGAUUCCAGCUCUGUGGAGAUUCUGGAAAAGGUAAAACUAUGGAGACAGUAAAAAAGAUCAGUUGCUGCUAAGGUUAAAGGAGAGGGAUGAAUAGGUGGAGCACAGGAAUUUUAAGGCAGUUAAACUAUUUUUAUGAAACUAUAGUGGUGGUUACAUGUCAUAUAUAUUUGUCCAAAUCUGUAGAAUAUUCCACACCAAGAGUAAAUCCUAAUGUACAUUAUAUAUGGACUUUGGGUGAUAAUGAUGUGUCAGUGUAGGUUCAUUGACUGUAACGAACAUACCACUCUUGUGCAGGAUGUGGAUAGUGGAGGAGGUUGUGGCAGGCGGGGGAGGUGCUAUGUACUUCCCACUCAAUUUUGCUGUGAACUUAAAACUGCUAUAAAAAAUAAAGUUGAGGGGCACCUGGGUGGCUUACUUGGUUAAGUGUCUGAGUCUUGAUUUUAGCUUAGGUCAUGGUCUUGAGGUUUGUGGGUUCAAGCCCUAUGUUGGGCUCUGUGCUGACAGUGCAGAGCCUGCUUGGGAUUCUCUCCCUCUCUCUCCGCCCCUCUCCUCUCUAAAAUAAAUAAGUAAACAUUAAAAAAACAAUAAUAAAGUUGAAAAAAAAAAAGAAAGUUGAUUAAUAAAAAUAACAAACAGGGUAAGGGGCAAGUCAUGUGUCACCAAAUGUAGUUUGCAUGUGCUAAAUGCCUUUUUUUUCUUUAAUUUUUUGACAUUUAUUUUUUAGAGAGAGAGAGAGAGAGAGCGAGCGAGCAGGGGAGAGGCAGAGAGAGGGAGACACAGGAUCCGAAGCAGGCUCCAGGCUCUGAGCUGUCAGAUCUGAGCUGUCAGCACAGUCCAACGUGGGGCUUGAACUCACGAACUGUGAGAUCACGACCUGAGCCGAAGUUGGACACCCAACCGACUGAGCCACCCAGAUGCCCCUAAAUGCCUUUUUUUGUAUGAUGUAUGCUAAGAAAAAUAGAAAUGGACAAUUUCUAUGAGAUUAGUAAGUAUAUUUUGAAAGAGGUGGUUAGAAAAUGGGUUGAUAAUCACAUGUUAUUUUUGAGGCAAAAGUAAGAAUGUGAUGUCAAAUGGAAAUCAAUUAAGCAGAAACCCGAAUGGGCUAGAAAACUGUGGGCGGAGGCUUAAGGAAGUAUAGAUAGGGAUAAUCCAAAAUGUUUAAGGGAGAGCAAAAUGAUUAAUAGGACUUCUAAGGAAUAUUUAUAGAUGAAGCUAAGCCAGUUUCAACAAUAGUCAUGUUCAUUAAGGUAAAUGUAGGAAAUCUCUGCCAAUCAUGGUAUACUGGGGUUUUAUAUCUCCUUUCACACGGUCUUGUUAAGUAGUAAUACACUGCAACAAAGCCAAACCAACAUUGAUAACCAAAUUGCCAUCAAACCAGCGAGGACCUGUUUCUGUAAGCUUUAAGCCCAGCUCUGUCCACAUCACUUGUACAAACUUCAAGCUUCUUUCCAAGGUGACGUUGAUGCUUCGUUUCCUAUAUUGCUCUGCUAGGGCUGCCACAACAAAAUACCCUAGAAAUUUAUUUUCUCACUGUUCUGGAGGCCGGAAGUCCAAGAUCAAAAUGUUGGCAGGUUUGCUCUCUUCUGAGGUCUCUCUCCUUGGCUUGCAGAUAGCUGCCUUCUCUCUGUGUCUUCAUAUGGUCUUUUCUCUUUGCAUGUAUGGAGAAAAAGAGCUUUUAUAAGGAUACCAAUCCUAUUGGAUGAGGAUUCCACCUUUAUUUUUUAUUUUAAGAUAUAGCAAUGUACAUUCAACACCCUUCCGUUCAGUUCUAGGCGCCACCCCAUGUCAGCACAUGUAUAUACAGCGCAUUCCUUUUAACAGUACCUUUGCUGAAUUUGAAAAACACAUGUGUGCCAGGUGCUAUUCCUGAUACCAGCUCUAAUGUACUAUCAUUAUUUGUCGAGUAUAAGUAAGGAAACUAAGGCCCAGAGAGAUUGAUAUACUCAAGGUAACAUAGCUAGGAAGUAGCAAAGCCACCACGUCAUGUCCAUCGUAUGAUUAUUAUAAAUCACAUCACCAACCAGCUAAUGACAAAUUUGGUUCCAAUUUGGGAGUUGUUAUAAAAUGUAUUGCAUGGAACAUCCAUUUUCACAUCUUUGGGCUUUGCUGUGCUUCUGUAGGGGUAAGUAAGAGUAGUAGUGCUGAGUCAAAGGAUAUAUACAUCCCUUAUUUUAUUAGAUAUCACCAAUAUGACCUUCAAGUGGGUGAUUCCAAUAUAUUUUCCCAUGAUGCCCAUCUUUUUUCUUUCUUUCUUUUUAUAAUUCUCCAUUCUGGUAACAUUUUGCUCAUCUCCCUAUACUUUUUUUUUUUUUUUUUUUUUAGUUUAUUUAUUUAUUUUGAGAAAGGGAGAGAGAGUGAGAGUGGGGGAGAAGCAGAGAGAGGGAGAGAGAGAGAGAGAGAGAGAGAGAAUCUGCACUGUCAACGCAGAGCCUGUUGCGGGGCUUAAACUCAGGAACUGUGAAAUCAUGACCUGAGCGAAACCAAGAGUUUGACGCUUAACUGAGCCACCCAGGCAUUCCUUAUAUCCCUGUACAUUUUAUUUAUUAAAAAAAAAUUUUUUUUUAAUGUUUGUUUAUUUUUGAGAGAGAGACAGAGACAGAGACAGAGACAGAGCAUGAGUGGGGGACGGGCAGAGAGAGAGGGAGACACGGAAUCCAAAGCAGGCUCCAAGCUCCAAGCUCUCAGCACGGAGCCCAGUGUGGGGCUUGAACUCACAAAUGGUGAGGUCAUGACCUGAGCUGAAAUUGGAUGCUUAACUGACUGAGCAACCCAGGCACCUCUCCUUAUACAUUUUAAUGGAAAAUUGGCACAAUUUGUUUGUAAUGGUUCUGAAUAGUCUGUUUAAAUCCUCUGCUAGAUGUUGAACUCACAGAAGUUGUUGGAUAACAUAAAGAAUAAUGAGUAUUGAAGUCAAAGAAAAUACCUAUUUAGCAGACUUGAAGAAAGAGAAGCAGAACUGAAGAAGGAAUAUAAUGCAUUACAUCAGAGACACACUGAGAUGAUCCAUAAUUAUAUGGAACACUUAGAAAGAACAAAACUUCAUCAGCUCUCAGGGAGUGAUCAACUAGAGUCCACAGCUCAUAGUAGAAUUAGAAAAGAACGUCCUAUAUCAUUAGGGAUUUUCCCAUUACCUGCUGGAGACGGAUUGCUUACACCAGAUACUCAGAAAGGCGGAGAGACCCCUGGAUCAGAGCAAUGGAAAUUUCAGGAUUUAAGUCAACCACGUUCUCAUGCCAGCCUGAAGGAUGAACUUUCUGAUGUUAGCCAAGGAGGAUCUAAAGCUACCACUCCAGCAUCAACAGCUGCGUCAGAUGUGGCAGUAAUUCCUACAGAUACUCCCUUAAAGGAAGAUAAUGAAGGAUUUGUGAAGGUUGCAGAUACACCAAAUAAGCCAGAGAUAAGCAAGCAUAUUGAAGUACAGGUAGCUCAAGAAACUAGAAAUGUAUCAAUAGGUUCUGCUGAAAAUGAAGAGAAGUCAGAAGUUCAAGCAAUCAUUGAAUCCACUCCUGAGUUGGAUAUGGACAAAGAUCUCAGUGGAUAUAAAGGCUCGAGCACUCCCACCAAAGGCAUAGAGAACAAAGCUUUUGAUCGCAAUACAGAAUCUCUCUUUGAAGAACUGUCUUCAGCUGGCUCAGGCUUAAUUGGAGAUGUGGAUGAAGGAGCGGAUUUACUAGGAAUGGGUCGUGAAGUUGAGAAUCUUAUAUUAGAAAAUACACAACUGUUGGAAACCAAAAAUGCUCUGAAUGUAGUGAAGAAUGAUUUGAUAGCAAAGGUGGAUGAGCUGACCUGUGAGAAAGAUGUGCUACAAGGGGAGCUGGAGGCUGUGAAACAGGCCAAACUGAAGCUGGAGGAAAAGAACAAGGAGCUGGAGGAAGAGCUUAGGAAAGCUCGCGCAGAAGCUGAAGAUGCACGACAAAAAGCAAAAGACGAUGAUGAUAGUGAUAUUCCCACAGCCCAGAGGAAGCGGUUUACUAGAGUAGAAAUGGCCCGUGUUCUAAUGGAGAGAAACCAGUAUAAAGAGAGAUUGAUGGAGCUUCAGGAAGCUGUUCGAUGGACAGAGAUGAUUCGUGCAUCAAGAGAAAAUCCAGCCAUGCAGGAAAAAAAAAGGUCAAGCAUUUGGCAGUUUUUCAGCCGACUUUUUAGCUCCUCAAGUAAUACUGCUAAGAAACCUGAACCACCUGUUAAUUUGAAGUACAAUGCACCCACCUCUCAUGUUACUCCUUCCGUCAAGAAAAGAAGCAGCACCUUAUCUCAGCUCCCUGGGGAUAAGUCCAAAGCCUUUGAUUUCCUUAGCGAAGAAACUGAAGCUAGUUUAGCCUCACGCAGAGAACAGAAGAGAGAACAGUAUCGCCAGGUAAAGGCACACGUCCAGAAGGAAGAUGGUAGAGUGCAGGCUUUUGGCUGGAGUCUGCCUCAAAAGUACAAACAGGUAACCAAUGGCCAAGGGGAAAAUAAGAUGAAAAAUCUACCUGUGCCUGUCUAUCUCAGACCCCUAGAUGAAAAAGAUACAUCCAUGAAGCUGUGGUGUGCUGUUGGAGUCAACUUAUCAGGUGGGAAGACCAGAGACGGUGGUUCUGUUGUUGGAGCAAGUGUCUUUUACAAAGAUGUUGCUGGUUUGGAUACAGAAGGCAGCAAACAGCGAAGUGCAUCACAGAGUAGUUUAGACAAGUUAGACCAGGAACUUAAGGAACAACAGAAGGAGUUAAAAAAUCAAGAAGAAUUAUCCAGUCUAGUCUGGAUCUGUACCAGCACUCAUUCAGCUACAAAAGUAAUCAUUAUUGAUGCUAUUCAACCAGGCAACAUCCUAGACAGUUUUACUGUGUGUAACUCUCAUGUUCUCUGUAUAGCCAGUGUACCAGGAGCCAGAGAAACAGACUACCCUGCAGGAGAGGAGCUUUCAGAAUCUGGACAGGUAGACAAAGCGUCUCUGUGUGGCAGUGUGACCAGCAACAGCUCAGCAGAGACAGACAGCCUGUUGGGGGGCAUCACCGUAGUUGGUUGUUCUACAGAAGGUGUGACAGCAGCCGCCACUUCCCCUAGUACCAACGGUGCUUCUCCAGUGAUGGAAAAACCACCAGAAAAGGAAGCAGAAAAUACUGAGGUUGAUGAGAACGUUCCAACAGCAGAAGAAGCUACGGAGGCUACAGAAGGCAAUGCAGGGACAGCUGAAGACACCGCGGACGCCUCCCAGCCCGGCGUCUACACAGAGCAUGUCUUCACGGACCCUCUGGGGGUUCAAAUCCCAGAGGACCUCUCGCCUGUGUAUCAGUCAAGUAAUGACUCAGAUGCGUAUAAAGAUCAGAUGUCAGUAUUGCCAAAUGAACAAGACCUGGUAAGAGAAGAAGCCCAGAAAAUGAGUAGCCUUUUACCAACUAUGUGGCUUGGAGCUCAGAACGGCUGUCUGUAUGUGCACUCUUCUGUAGCCCAGUGGAGAGGAUGCCUCCAUUCCAUUAAACUUAAAGAUUCGAUUCUCAGUAUUGUACAUGUGAAAGGGAUUGUGUUAGUGGCCCUGGCUGACGGCACCCUCGCAAUCUUUCACAGAGGAGCUGAUGGGCAGUGGGAUUUGUCAAACUACCACCUGUUGGACCUUGGACGGCCUCACCAUUCUAUUCGGUGCAUGACUGUGGUCCAUGACAAAGUCUGGUGUGGCUAUAGGAACAAAAUCUAUGUGGUUCAGCCAAAGGCUAUGAAAAUAGAGAAAUCAUUUGACGCGCACCCCAGGAAGGAGAGCCAGGUGCGGCAGCUUGCGUGGGUGGGGGACGGAGUGUGGGUCUCCAUUCGUUUGGAUUCCACGCUCCGUCUCUAUCAUGCACAUACUUAUCAACACCUACAGGAUGUGGACAUUGAGCCUUAUGUAAGCAAAAUGUUAGGUACUGGAAAACUGGGCUUCUCGUUUGUGAGGAUCACAGCUCUUAUGGUGUCUUGCAAUCGUUUGUGGGUGGGGACAGGAAAUGGUGUCAUUAUCUCCAUCCCAUUGACAGAAACCGUAAUCCUCCACCAGGGACGCUUACUGGGGCUGAGGGCAAAUAAAACCUCAGGAGCACCAGGAAAUCGUCCUGGAAGUGUAAUCCGCGUAUAUGGUGAUGAAAACAGCGAUAAAGUGACUCCGGGGACAUUCAUACCCUAUUGUUCAAUGGCACAUGCCCAGCUUUGCUUCCACGGGCACCGGGACGCAGUGAAAUUCUUUGUGGCAGUCCCAGGUCAAGUCAUCAGUCCACAAAGUGGCAGUGGUGGCACAGAUCUAACAGGUGACAGAGCAGGGCCAUCUGCACAGGAGCCUGGCAGCCAGACGUCCUUGAAGUCUAUGCUCGUCAUCAGUGGAGGAGAGGGCUACAUUGACUUCCGAAUGGGUGAUGAAGGUGGAGAAUCAGAACUUCUUGGAGAGGAUCUUCCACUUGAACCUUCUGUCGCCAAAGCAGAAAGGAGUCACCUGAUAGUGUGGCAAGUGCUGUACGGCAAUGAGUGAGCACAUAGGAAACCGGUGGAGACAGGGAAGCUGUCUCUUCUGCAUGGUUUAUUUUCCCUUUCCCCUUAAUUUAAUGCUCUCUUUGUGAAAUCAGUUUCACCACAUAAUGUGUGAGCAUUUUUUUUUCCUGUUAACUUUCUAUCACAAGACCUGUCCUUCCCGUAACAAUACAGGAACUAGCUGUUUUACUGCACCAGUGUUCCGGGCGAUUUCAGUACGUUAUGAACAAAUCAAAGAAUGUUUACUCUCUGCAAACUGAAUUCUAGGAAGCAAUCAGAUGUGGUUCAGUCUGCCACAGCUGAUGUCACUCACUUCGUUUGAUGGGGUCACUUUUGAGCUGUCGCUAAUAAUGGCAUCCAUGGGAACACUUGAUAAGUGGAACUAGACCAUUUGGUACAAUUAUAGUCUUCCCCGUGUAUUAUGAAAUUGACACAAACUAGUAUCAGGUGGAUUAUCAGGAGGUCUCUAAGUGUCCCAGGGGGCUAAAAGCUAAUUAUUGUAAAUUACUUUCACUUUCAAAUCUGACAAAUCUUGUUUAUAUAUGGUAUAUAAAACCUUGUUUUCAUCAGAUUUGGGGGGGGGUUUUAUAUUGAAGAAAUUAAGACUACACUAUUUAAAUAAAAGAUUCCUGUUUCUGACUUAUUAGAGCUCUACAGUUUAUGAGGCCUGCUCUCUGGAUAUUGUGAUGAUGAUUCUUUCUGAGACUAGUCUCCCUCGUUUUCAUACUGACAUGUCGGAAAGGGUUAUCGUUGAUACGGCUCAGAAGAUCGCUUCAGCAGUGGGAGGAUUUGUCUUUAAGGAAAUUGUGUUUUGGGUUCCUGUAUCAAUGGAUGGUGGUGGUUGGGGAAUGUUUCUCCAGGUAAAACAUUCACCUGUUCACCAGUUGUGCUGGGACUGCUCUUGCCGGUUCAUAAGAGUAAAGCAGCAGCCGUGAUACAGUGGCCUGUGAACUGAAGGAGGGACUUGAUUAGAAACAGUAUUUUCUCUGGUUCUGUGUAGAACCACAGAACAACUAGCACUUGAUGUUUUGUAUGUAAGUGACACCUUGAAGCUUUUGUGCCCUUUUGAGAUGAAAAUGCCACCAGCAAAGAGGAAGGCGAUGAAGGGGAAGAAGACAAGGCCAAGAUACCGUAAAGUAAGAGUUGACAUGUUUAUCUUUUUACUCAUAACACCCAUUUCAAAAGCUGAGUCCGGGUUUCACGGAUUUUCUUGUUUAAUAAGUUUUUAAAGACCAUCACGCUGCAGUUCUCCCCCUCGCGAGCUUCUUGAAAAAAUGCGUGAUUUACCAUUUCUUUAAGCAAAGCUAAAUAGAAAUUUAAGUGUUAUUUUAAAAAUAUAAACCUGUUGAAUAAGGGCCCCCGAUCCCCAGAAGGAGUGCUUGAAGGAAAAGUAAGCAAACACAGGUCUCAGACUGUGUAAGUGGUCGGAAGCACCGGGUGUUGGUUGUUUCUGAGCUGCCACGCAGAGGUAUUUGUAAAAAGCGUGCCGCUGUCCUCAAGCAUCUACGUGAUUCAGCUAAUUGAUAAAUACGUGGGAUUUAAUGAGCCGGAGGCAGCCUUUGGAUCCCCUGCGCCACGAUGUGUCUGUGAGCACAUCGUGUACACGAUGAAGCGGUGGCCACUUCAGAUGGCCGGGAGAAAGGAACCCCCUUUGGCAAAAGCUGCAGUGAAAGGCUGAUUUUUUUGCUCGAGAUACUUAGUCACUUUUUCAAGGCACCAAAACUUAGGCCCCCUUUUCAUAGCGUUCAGCUAUAUUUUUAUUUUAAAUCUGAGCCACUUUGGGCACUACCUAAAAAAAUCCCCACGUCAUUACAACAUUUUGGGGGAGGAAUUGUAUAAAUUCACAAAAAGGAGACACCAAAGUGUUUGGGAAUUUUAAUCCCAAGAAAUAAACAUCCCAGAGUCAGACCCCACUUGCUGUUCAGUUUGUACACGUUUGUGUGAUCAAAUGUAAUUUAGGAAAUCAGGAGUUAAAAGAUGAAAAAUGCGUACAUGUUACAGUGGUUCUAAUUGUUCUUACUGGCUUUAGUAUAGGGGUGUAGCUAUUUUAUCUAAAGCCGUCAGAUUAUCUGUGGCCCUGUUAAUUAACAUCAGGGACUAGAGAGAGUACAGAAAUGCUUGUACAAUUUGUUUUAAGGGCUUGUCCUUAUAUACUUGUAAUAUCGUUUAAGUAUCUUCUGCAGAUCACUUUACUCCCCUUCCCCUCCCUUUCCCCAACAAUAGGUUUAUAUUCUUGUAACGUUCACUUUGGUCAAGGUGGUAACAUUCACUUUGGUAAGAACCAAAAUGUAAGCUUCUUGCGAGCAGCGAAGCGUUGGUGCACACUGCCUAUAGCUUCCAACUCGAGGGUAGAGAAGAGGCUUGAAUACCUCGGGUUGGUCUCUCCAUGUAAAAAAUACAUGUAUUGCCCCUGUUGGAAGAAAUAAGGGAUACCCGAGAAUUUUCUCAUUUUGUUAUGCGCGGGUCAUGUAUGAGGUUGAACCAUGUGAAGUUGCCGACGCUCGACCAUUGCUAAUCUACACAAAUGUCAGUAUCACAUACCCCAACCCGAUGCUUACUAUGAAAUGCAGGUUAAAAUCCCUGGGAGGCAAAGGGAGAAUGUUCUUGAAGAACUGCACCAUUUUGAGAGUGUUUGUCUCCAACCUGUGUGGAUCUACAUUUUUUAAACAGGAAGGGAUAUCUUAAUAGAUGCAGCUUGUUGAGAGUGUAAAACAUUUUGAGCACAAAGUAUGCAGCACAUAACUUUUCAAAUGAAGUGUGUUUGCAUAGAAAAGAUGAAAAUACAUUCUCUCAGUUGCUGUAUUGUUCAUUUCUUGUAAAGGUCUUACUACAUUUGAGAAUAGACCCUUUAACAUAGGCUGCCUUAGUAACAAAACAAAGCAAAACAAUUGUCUCAUAAUAUUAACUGUCCUAAAGAAUGUGCGUCUUUCUUGCAAAUGCUGUGGAACUGAAUAUUUAUUUCCUUGUGAGUAUUAUGACCGUUACCAAAGGACUCCACCAGAUUUAGGGCUCUUCUUAAUUGAUCAUGUUGAGAAAGGGACUCGUUUGGCCCCCGUUUGUAACAUGGGAAGAGUAGAGAAGAGAGAAUUAAAUGUGGAAAUCAUCAGUGCUUUUCUAACAGGGUGACGCUGUUUUGUAACACUAAAUGUCUUCUUCUUUCUCUUAAAAAAUUAAGUUUUUAUUAUUAAUUUUGUCGUACAUUUCUCAAUAUAUUUGAAUAUAUUUUAACCAUUUUAUGUUCUGAAUUUGUUUUUUUGUCCUAGACAUUUUAUCCAGACUUUUACUGGCCUCUAUAAUCUGAGAAGUGGGUUCUAGAGUGUCCCACUUGUUGUCUCUUAGAGGCUGAGGCUUCAUUUCUAUGAGCAAAAAGCUCACUUAGCAAUGUAGUUAUUUCGGUAUUUAUUUCUAUUAUGGAAUCCCUGGGGUUCGGAAUGUAACUUUGUACAUGAAAUAUAUAUAAAUAUGUAUAUGAAA